AGUGGGAUGGGGAAGGGGUGUGCUACUUUAAAUUCUUUGGUCAGGCUGGGGUUGAUGGCUCACGCCUGUAAACCCAGCACUUUGGGAGGCUGAGGUGGGUGGAUCACCUGAAGUCAGGAGUUGCAGACCAGCCUGGCCAACGUGGUGAAACGCCAUCUCUACUAAAAUACAAAAAUUAGCUGGGCUAUGUGGUGUGCACCUGUAAUCCCAGAUAGCAAGCUGAGGUAGGAGAAUUGCUUGAACCCAGGAGACAGGUUGUAGUGAACCAAGAUGGCACCACUGCACUCCAGACUGGGCAACAGAGUGAGACUCUAUCUCAAAAAAAAAUUUUUUUAAUUGCUUGGUCAGGAAAGAUCUCUUCUGAGGUGACUAUUGAGUUGAGGCCUGGAGGAUGGGAAGGAGCCAGUCAAGCAGAGAGCCUGGGGAAGGGUAUUCCAGGGGGACAAACAGCAAGGGCAAAGGCUGUGACAUGGGAAUGUUGGUAAAGCAACAGAAGGAAACCAGAGUCUGUUGAGUUGAGAGAACAGGGGAAGAAUGAUGAAGGAUGAGACCAGAGAUAAAAGCAGGGGUCAGAUUUUCUAGGGCAAAGCACUUUAAUUUUACUGUAAGGGCAAUAGAGAGCCACUGAAGAAUUUAGACAGGGAAAUGAUGUGAUUUGGUUUAUGUUUUUAAAGCCUUUUCUUACUGGAGAGUAGAUUGUAGGGGUGCAGGAAAGGAAGCAGGGAGAUGGGUUAGAAGGCAAUUUCAGAAGUCCAAAGAGAGCUGACGUUGGCUGGGACUAGCAUGGCAGCAAUGGAGAGGGAGAGAAGUGGUUAGACCUUCAGUGUUUUGGAGGUAGCACCGACAGGCCAAUUUUAAUACGUAUAAAGCUGUGCUGUCCAAUACAACAGUCAUGGCUACUGUCGUUAUUUAUUUAUUUAUUGUCAGAAACAGUGUCUCGCUAUAGUCAUGGCUACUGUUGCUAUUUGUUUAUUGUCAGAGACAGGGUCUUGUUGUGUUGCCCAGGCUAGCCUCAAACUCCUGGGCUCAAGCCGUCUUUCCAUGUCAGCCUCCAGAGAACUGGGACUACAGUCCUCCACCAUUGUACCUACCUACUGGUCACUAUUUAAAUUUAAUUAAAAUAAAAUAAAUUCACUUCCUCAAUCAUAGCCCAUUUCAAGUGCUCAGUAGCCAUAUGUGACUAGUGCCUAUUUUGUUGGACAGCUUAGGUAUUAGACAUUCUCAUUAUCACAGAAAAUGCCAGACAGUGCUCAAUACAUUUUGACAGUGGUCAAUACAUUUUAGGCGCUGAAUAAAUAGAUAUUAAGUAUAUUCUUUGUAUCUCUAGGUCUUUGUCUUUACCUAUUGCAUGAACUCUAUUAAAUGCUUCUUCUGCCUUUGCUUUAUUAAAACAAAAUCAUAUACUGACUUGACUGCAUUGUCAUACACUACAUUUUUAUGCUCUUCAGAUGCAUACAUUUGUUCAACAGAUGUUUGACUGCCCGCCCUGUGCUUGGGGUUGGAGGGAGUGGUGGACAGGGCCAUAAAAGAACAUGAUCAGGAAAGAUCCCACCUCCCAGGAAGAUGAACACUGUAAGGAUGAAGGAAAACCUGAUACUUAAGGUCUCUGAAUCCCCAGAGGGAGGAUGGAGUGAUUCUAGUGGGGAGAGAGGUGGGGUCAAGAAAAAGGUGAGUUUGGAUGUGACCUGGGCUAUGUUCUGAAGACAAUUGCAGACAGAACCUUGACCUGAGUCAUGCUUCCCAGAGUCGGUUCUGUACAUCACAGUUUACUAAGUACCCUCACAUAUGCCACCCUGCCCAUCCUUACAGACACUGGGGAGGUGCAGGGCCUGGCCAGAACAGCAGCCAGACCUGAUGCUGGUCUCUGAAGGACCCUACUUCCCACAGGGCUGAGGCCUUUCUCUGCAGGUUACAGAUUUGAAGGCCUGACAGGAUGGAGGGGCAUGCUGAAAUGGAGAUGCUGAGGACACUGAAGGGGCCUUCUACAGGGGAGGUCAGCGUGCACUUGGUGGCCAGAGACAGCCCCGGUUCUGGUCCUCACCUGCCCGCAACUGCCUUCAUCAUUCCAGCCAGCUCGGCCACCCUCAGCCUGCCCAGCAGUGCCCUGGAUGUGUCUUGCUUUCCCCGGGAGCCAAUCCACGUGGGCGUCCCGGAGCAAGUGGCCGGCAGCGAACCAGUUCCUGCCACCGUCCUGCCGCAGCUUAGCGCUGGACCAGCCAGCUCCAGCGCCAGCACAGUGCGGCUUCUGGAAUGGACAGAGGCUGUGGCCCCGCCCCCUGGGAGCGGCCUGCGGUUCCGGAUAAGCGAGUACAAGCCGCUGAACAUGGCGGCAGUGGAGCAGCCUCCGACCCCCGAGCUGCGGCGGGAAGGCGUGACCGAAUACAAAGAUGGCGAGGCGCCGGCUGGAGAUGGCGAGGAGGGUCCCCGGCAGCCGGAGGACCACCCCCAGAAUCCUCCAGAAGAUCCCUCUCAGGAACCCCCAGAGGAUGAUAGCACCUGUCAGUGCCAGGCGUGCGGGCCUCAGCAAGCCGCGGGUCCAGAUCUUGGUUCCUCUAAUGAUGGCUGCCCUCAGCUGUUCCAGGAGCGGUCAGUCAUAGUGGAGAACGCCUCAGGCUCCACCAGCGCUUCUGAGCUCCUCAAACCCAUGAAGAAGAGGAAGCGCAGGGAAUACCAGAGCCCAUCAGAUGAGGAGUCGGAAUCAGAGGCUAUGGAGAAGCGAGAAGAAGGAAAGGAUCCAGAGGGACAGCCCACCACUAGCACCCCAGAGAGUGAGGAGUGGAGCAACAGCCAGCCUGCAACAGGUGAGAAGAAGGAAAGCUGGUCGUGGGAGUCCUACCUAGAGGAGCAGAAGGCCAUUACUGCUCCGGUCAGCCUCUUCCAGGACUCCCAGGCAGUCACUCACAACAAGAAUGGCUUCAAACUGGGCAUGAAGUUGGAAGGCAUUGAUCCUCAACACCCGUCCAUGUACUUCAUCCUCACCGUGGCUGAGGUAUGUGGCUAUCGCCUACGUCUGCACUUUGAUGGGUAUUCUGAGUGCCAUGACUUCUGGGUCAAUGCCAACUCCCCUGACAUUCACCCUGCUGGCUGGUUCGAGAAGACAGGGCACAAGCUGCAGCCUCCCAAAGGUUACAAGGAGGAGGAGUUCAGCUGGAGCCAGUACCUGCGCAGCACGAGAGCUCAGGCUGCCCCCAAGCACCUGUUUGUGAGCCAGAGCCACAGUCCCCCACCCCUGGGCUUCCAGGUGGGCAUGAAGCUGGAGGCUGUUGACCGCAUGAACCCGUCCCUUGUCUGUGUGGCCAGUGUGACCGACGUGGUGGACAGCCGCUUCCUGGUGCACUUCGACAACUGGGAUGAUACUUACGACUACUGGUGUGAUCCCAGCAGCCCCUACAUCCAUCCAGUGGGCUGGUGCCAGAAGCAAGGAAAGCCCCUCACCCCUCCACAAGACUACCCAGACCCUGAUAACUUCUGUUGGGAGAAAUAUCUGGAAGAAACUGGAGCCUCUGCUGUGCCCACUUGGGCCUUCAAGGUGCGACCGCCUCACAGCUUCCUGGUCAACAUGAAGCUGGAGGCUGUGGACCGCAGGAACCCAGCCCUGAUUCGCGUGGCCAGCGUGGAAGAUGUGGAGGACCAUCGGAUAAAGAUCCACUUUGACGGCUGGAGUCACGGCUAUGAUUUCUGGAUCGACGCUGACCACCCAGACAUCCACCCUGCUGGCUGGUGCUCCAAGACAGGACAUCCUCUGCAACCUCCUCUCCGACCCAGAGAGCCCAGCUCUGCCUCCCCUGGGGGCUGUCCCCCUCUCAGCUAUAGGAGUCUGCCCCACACUAGGACCUCCAAAUACAGCUUUCACCAUCGGAAGUGCCCCACUCCUGGUUGUGAUGGCUCUGGCCAUGUCACAGGCAAGUUCACAGCCCACCAUUGCCUCUCAGGCUGCCCACUGGCUGAAAGGAACCAGAGCCGGCUGAAAGCAGAGCUGUCUGACUCGGAGGCCUCAGCCCGCAAGAAGAACCUCUCAGGCUUCUCCCCAAGGAAGAAGCCUCGCCAUCAUGGCCGGUAUGGAGGCCAGGGACUCAGGGCCCGGGCUUCCUGGGAGUCUGGGCGGGGCCAGGCACUGAUACCCUGCCACAGACCUGGUCCCUCUCUCUCCAGAAUUGGACGCCCUCCAAAGUAUCGGAAGAUUCCGCAGGAAGAUUUCCAGACCCUCACACCUGAUGUUGUGCACCAGUCCCUCUUCAUGUCAGCCCUGUCGGCCCACCCUGACCGCUCACUCUCUGUGUGCUGGGAGCAGCACUGCAAGCUCCUGCCAGGAGUAGCAGGCAUCUCGGCCUCGACGGUUGCCAAGUGGACCAUCGAUGAGGUCUUCGGCUUUGUUCAGACCCUGACAGGUUGUGAGGACCAAGCACGUCUCUUCAAAGACGAGGUAAGGUGCAAGUGCAGAGUGGGAGACAGAGCCGGGGUCACUGUGUCCUUAAGACGGCAGGAAGCAGGUGCCUUCCCCAGCGCUGCCUCAGCUAGGGAGGGAUCCUUGUUGCCCCACUGGGCAAGAAUAGUCAGAGUGACCCACGUCUCUGGGAAGAAUAUUGUCUGGACUGUGGUCCAGCUUGGGGACCUUGUGUGCUCAGAUCUUCAGGAAGGAAACGGCAUCCUGGAGACAGGAGUCCAUUCACUCCUCUGCUCUCUACCCACUUAUUGGCUUGCCAAACUUAGCUUCACCUGUGAUAGUAAAUUAAAGUGUACUUUUUCCCCAUUAAUCCAAUACACCCGAUAAUUAAAGUGUAUUUUGAAUGACACAGGUAUUGUGAUUUACUGCAAGGAUCCUAACACACACUUAAAAUCAAGACCCAAGGAGUAGUGAGUUGUAGAUAAAAAAAGCAUGUCAGCUUUGGAGACAGUCUGGUUUUAAAUCCCAGUUCUCCCAAUCUGAGCUGUUUACUAUCUCUGAGCCUGCAUCUUCUUGUCUGUAAAGCCGAGAUAAAGUGGGUAUAAUGAGGUCUACCUUGCAGAGCCAUUGUGAGCGUUGGAAAUGAUGAAUGAAUCAUACCAGAAUGUCUAGUAUAAUUACAGCCAUGCAUUGCUUAACGAUGGGGAUAUAUUCUUAGAAAUGUGUCGCUAGGCAGUUUUGUCAUUGUGUAAACAUUAUAGAGUGUACUUACACAAACCUAGAUGUUAUAUAUAUUUUUAUUUGUAUAUUUUCACACAAAAAUGUCCCAGCAUUAUUACUGGAUAUCAGUCAUUUCCCUUUUUGAUCUGCAGUGUCAGUAUCAAGGGCCGUGUAUCAGGUUUCUAUAUUUAUUCCAUUGUAAUCUUAGGGGACCAUAGUUGUAAAUGCGGAAUCACGGACAGAAAUGUCUUUAUGUGGCCAAUGGCUGUCUAUCACUAGUUUAUAAUACAGCAAUAUUAUGGAGGAAUACAUAGAUCCAAUCACUUUGCCUGUACAAAAUGACUGAUACAGUGGGGGUACAAUAAACACCAGUUCUGACUUUUAAUGCAUACUUGCCCUUAAGUAAAGAACUUUGUUGGCCGGGUGUGGUGGCUCACACUUGUAAGCCCAGCACUUUGGGAGGCCGAGACAGGCAGAUCACCGGAGGUCAGGAGUUCAAGACCAGCCGGGCCAACAUGGUGAAACUUUAACUCUACUAAAAACACAAAGUUAGCCGGGUGUGGUGGUGUGUGCCUGUAGUCCCAGCUAUUUGGGAGACUGAAGUAGGAGAAUCGCUUGAACCCAGGAGGUGGAGGUUGCAGUGAGCUGAGAUUGUGCCACUGCACUCCAGCCUGGGUGACAGAGCGAGACUUCAUCUCAAAAAAAAAAAAAAAAGAACUUUCUCAUGACUUCUCAUUUGUAGAAUUUGAAACUGGAAGGGACAUUUGAGUUUGUUUAGGGUUUCCUUCCUUCCAAAGAAUACAAACAUCCCUCCCAUACAUCCCCUUUGCCCAGGAAAGUAUGGUCUCAGUUGCCCAUGGCUGCCCACUCCAGACCAGGUUCUUGUAAGAAAGUACUUGGCUCCUCUUUCCCUGGAAGAGUGUCUGUAUCCAGGCCCAGCACAGCCAGUUUUCUUCUUUGAGCUGUGUGUGAUGGAGCUCCCAGACUCCUCCUGUGCUGGGUACUUUCCUUGUCCUCUGGGUUGGGAUCUUGUCUUCAUGUGCAUGUCCAAAGCUGAACUCCUGUUUUCAAUGGCCUCUGGCUGACACAGAACAUGCUGGGUUGCUGAUUCCCUAGAUGUGUUUUAAUUGAGAUUAAAUGUCUAUAGAGAGAUAGGCACACAUCUUAAAAGUACAAUUCACAUGUUUUAUGACAUGUCUGCCCUUGAAUCCAAAACUUCAAUCAAGAUAUAGACAUUUCCUCUGGUGUUAAGAAGUCAUACCAAAAAAAUUAAAAAGAAAAAAACAUACAGAUAUUUCCAUCAUACCAGAAAAUUCUUUCUCAGCCCCUUUUAGUCAGUCCACACCCUAAAAGACAACCACUCCUCUAAUUUCUAGCACCAUAGAUUAGUUUUGCCUGUUCUUGAACUUAUAUAAAUGUAAUCAUACAGCAUGUACUCUUCUAGGUCUGUCUCUGCUCAGUGUCAUGUUUUUGAGGCUUCUCCAUGUUGUUAUCUCUACCUUUAGUUUGUUUAACGCUGACUGGUGCUCCAUUUUAUGCAUAUACCACAAUUUGUUGUUAACAGACUUUAGGGUUAUUUUCCCUUCCCCUAGAUUUGAACCCUAUUUUUUUGUUAGCAAAACUUAAGUUUGCCUUAGCUUAACUAGUUUGGGGUUCAUAAAAGCCCCCAGGUGCUUUUAAUGUCAACUAUCGUCUAACCAAGUUUUCCAGUGAGUACUUGUACCACUGAGCUUUUUUUUUAAAUUAACAUAAUGUAAAACUUUACAUCUACCUAUUAAAUGUUACCUGGUUGGUUUCAUAGCCUUGUUGUUUUAAAUCUUGAUUCUGUCAUCUAUGAUGUUAAUAAGGCUUUCCAACCUCAUACAACUUGCACAUUUGAUGACUAAGCCUUCUGUGUCUUUGUCCGAGUCUUCACAUGUUUUAUGAGACAGCAGAACCAUGUGGCACCCCGUUUGACCACAGGUCAUAAAUCAGCACUCUUCGAAUGUAGUUGCUCAGCCAGCUGCAGAGCCACCCAAGCUUUUAUCCUCCAGCCUAUGCAUGGCUUUGCAUUUUCCUCUUACUGGGACAAGGGCUAUGUUUCCCGAGAAUAUCUGCUGUAUCUCUCAGUCCAACACAGUCUGUCAUAUAGAAAACUAGUGGCCAAAGGGGAGAAGGUGUACUGAUAGACUGCCAGCAUCACAUAGAGACUUGGAGUGGAGCAGGACCUGUGUGGGUGUUGAUCACCAUCUCCAGGGUCUGGCCCAUGUCAUCAGUUUCUCCAGGUAGGAUGAUGCUCCAGCAGUGGGCUCUCUCUGGCUUAAUUGAUGAUUCGGCAUUCAGGGAUGCCAGUCAAGAUGCUCUCCAUCUGGGACACAGACCAGCCAGUGGAGGGUUGCUUCAUGAGCGAGGAAUUAAAGCAGAGUGCAUAGAUGGUCUUAUGGUUGUUCUGUACUGAUGGCCCUAAGAGUAGUUUGUCCAAAAUGUCUUACCAAUAAGUGCAGAGUAGUUAAAAAUAAAAUAAAAUAAAAAAGAGUAGUCUGUC